GCCAUUGAACACUCUGUAUUGUGUCGCAAAAGCUGCGCUACGUAGCAUUGCCGGAGCCAUUCGGCAUCAACUUAGUGAUGCUCGUCGUACCGGGCGGUGUCGAACCCAACAUCUCCAAAGGCCAAGUUCUGUCUCCGAGUAAGGAUAGUGUGUCUACGGACGCGUUCGCAAGAAAGGUCGUGGCGAAGCGUUGGCAACGCGCCCGCCUCCGUAUUUAUCUCUCAGGUGGAAUACAUGGAAGGUGUAUUUUUCGCAGUGCGUUGCCGAGACAGUACGUCUUGGGGCAGAUGCUACAAGACAAUGGUGUGGAAGAACAAAUCUAGUAGUAGUCCAAACUCCGGCGUGCGAAGUCCGAGUCCAUGCGCUCUGGUCAUAUUAUACAGCACACCGAUGUGCCCCCUCUGGUUCAUCCUCAGCAUACUCCCACCAUCACUUGUUGAUAUUUGGACGUGUCCUCCUCUGCAUCGUUCAUCACUCUGGAUUGUGCUCCUUAAUCAAGUGAUCACAACACAUGCCGUUCAAGUGGAUCCACACUGUCAUCUGGGAUAUAAUCGAUAUCAAUCACACGCCAUAAUAUCCGUCCACUCUCUGAACAUUUCAGUGCACAGUGCAUGUGUCGCGUCGUUUGGGUAUUUCAUCUUGAGGCAUUUUGUUGAUACGUGCGCUGGCUGGGACCACACGCCAUGUACCUUAAGAGCUUGAGGUUACGUGCAUCACAUCGUGCUCCGUCAUUGAUUGAUUGGUCCCGCUCGCUCAGUUGGGAGCUUGAGGGGCAGCAUGACGUA